GAGGAGCUGUGGGCCCAGCCAGCCUUGGAGAUGCCGAAGAGACGGGACAUCCUCGCGAUUGUCCUCAUCGUGCUGCCUUGGACGCUGCUGGUCACCGUGUGGCACCAGAGCACCAUCGCGCCCCUGCUCGCCGCACACAAGGAUGACGGCAGCGACCCCCGGCGUGAGGCACCACCCGGCGCGGACCCCAGGGAGUACUGCAUGUCCGACCGCGACAUCGUGGAGGUGGUGCGCACCGAGUACGUGUACACGCGGCCCCCGCCCUGGUCCGACACGCUGCCCACCAUCCACGUGGUGACGCCCACCUACAGCCGCCCGGUACAGAAGGCUGAGCUGACGCGCUUGGCCAACACACUGCUGCACGUGCCCAACCUGCACUGGCUGGUGGUGGAGGACGCGCCGCGCCGCACGCCGCUGACCGCGCGCCUCCUGCGCGACACCGGCCUCAACUACACGCACCUGCACGUGGAGACGCCGCGCAACUACAAGCUGCGCGGGGACGCGCGCGACCCGCGCAUCCCGCGGGGCACCAUGCAGCGCAACCUGGCCCUGCGCUGGCUGCGUGAGACCUUCCCGCGCAACUCCAGCCAGCCCGGCGUCGUGUACUUCGCGGACGACGACAACACCUACAGCCUGGAGCUCUUUGAGGAGAUGCGCAGCACCAGGAGGGUGUCCGUGUGGCCCGUAGCCUUCGUCGGCGGCCUUCGGUACGAGGCCCCGAGGGUCAAUGGGGCCGGGAAGGUGGUCGGCUGGAAGACGGUGUUCGACCCCCACCGGCCGUUUGCCAUAGACAUGGCGGGCUUCGCGGUCAACCUGCGGCUCCUUCUGCAGCGAAGCCAGGCCUACUUCAAGCUUCGCGGCGUGAAGGGGGGCUACCAGGAAAGCAGCCUCCUGCGAGAACUUGUCACCCUCAGUGACCUGGAGCCCAAGGCAGCCAACUGCACCAAGAUCCUGGUCUGGCACACACGGACUGAGAAGCCGGUGCUGGUGAACGAGGGGAAAAAAGGCUUCACUGACCCCAUGGUGGAGAUCUGAGCCCCAGGACACAGGAGCCCCCUUCUCAGACCUGCUCCUGGCCACCUGUGCUCCCCACGCGGGUGGUCCCUCCAAGGCGGACUCCUGUGGAAUCGCCGUCACCCUCCUUUCUACUCUGGGGCCUUCAGAGAGACCAGCCUGAUGCCAGGACAAAGGACGGAGACCCUAAAGCACAGAAACCCCAGACCUGUUGUUCUGUUCCGUCUGCCCUGGCAGGGCCGGCCGGGGCAGACACCAUGGGCCCCAGCCCGGGAGUGAUGCCAGGCUGGGAGGGGGCGAAAGACCCCGGCAGUCCAGCAGAGGGCUCCCCGGCUCCCCCUCGAGGCCCCACGACCGCACAGGACACCUGGCCAGGGACUGCGGAAGACGGCAAGCAGCCCCCACGCCCGGCAUCAGGAACGAGCUGCUCCGAGACGCAGCCCCUCCGGCCGGCAUUCCUCUGGCUUCUGCUCCGGAGCGGAAGGCUGUCUGUGCUCCCAGCAGGUGGCCAGCCCUGUGUGCGGGGAGUCAGGCUGCCAGCGGGCUGCCCUCCCCGUACCUCAACCUCGUGGAGGGAGCAGAGCGCCUUCCCCGGCUCUCGUCCCAGCGCAAGGAAGGAGGUGGGCCCUCGACCCAGCACAGGGUGUAGACCACACGGCACCUCCCCAACGCCCACUGGGCUCCGGGCCCCUCGCCUGGGCUGGGACUGGGGAGGCAGGAGCCCCCAAUCCAGAGCCGUGAGAACCACAGGCCUCAGGGGCUCGAGGGAGCAGGUGGGCCAGGAAGAGAGAGGAGGGGCCCGGGCGGUCCCAGGGCUCCUCCCUGCCCCUGGCUGGGGGACUCUGGAUUAGCAGAGGGAUUUACAGAAGCGGGCAGAGAUGAUCUGGACCCUGAGGGCAGGAUACCUGAGCACACACUGCUUUGGAAAUCAUGUGAUUUACACACCAAGUGAGAAGUAAAACCUCCCUUCUCCCUAAACUGGGGGCCCGAAGAGCAAGCCGGCCUCAUGUCCAGCCGCCCCUCCGCCCCAGAGAAGGAACCGUGCGCGGCCCUCAGCCAGGAGGAGAGGUGCCCGUCUCCCUGGCUUCCCGACGGGGCCGGCCCUCUGCCAGUCUCCACUCACACUCCUGAGCGUUGGAAGCACAAUUUUCCUCCCCCGUGGAGGCAGAGGAAGGGCCCGAGCCCGCUGAACAGGUGUUUACUUUUAACCGCUAAUAGCCCCUACUCCGCUUAGACUCACUGGAUGGGCCUGCGGGCCUUGGAGAGCCCACUCCUGGGUGCGUGGAUGGGUGGGCGGUGGGCCGCAGCCCAGCGACCUAACAUUCACGGAGGAGUAUCGGCUGCCUGUUUUGAAGUGGAUUUAACUCCUCACCAUAGUCACGAAAGCUUCGAGGGAGGGCUCACGUCCCUGAGGGCCCUGAGCCACCUGCAGGACGUCCCACACCCAUGGU